ACCUGAAAGCUCACAGAGUUUAGGGUGAGGUUGACACUUGACGGUGCUUAAAGCUCAGUGGGAUGUUAUUUCAGGGAAUAUUGAAAAAUUUAUGUUAUUGAUAGUUGUGUAUAGUUUAAUUGUUCGACUCUACCCCAAGUUACUCGAACAUUUUUUUGAAGAACCAAAAAGUUUUUUCCCCAAUAAUUUUCAUAUACUAAGAACGUCAGGCAUUAUCAUACUUUUAUAGAAGGCAAAAAUUAUCUUCUUUAUCUCGUUUCCGUUGGAUGUGAUAAUUAUCAUGUACGCCAAAAGAAUGAUGGACCCAAGCCGUGAGUCUGGCCUGGGCAGCGAUACCGACAACAUGGCCGAACUUGCUGCCCUCCUCAACACAGAGAUCCCCGAGGGGCAGAACAACCUCACUGACAACUACACAAAUCUAGAACGAGUCGCUGAAUAUUGCGAGGCUAAUUAUUUCCAGGCUGAAAAUAAAAGAUACGCAUUAGAAGAGACAAAAAAUUACACAACACAAUCUCUAGCCAGUGUGGCUUAUCAAAUUAAUACAUUGGCCUAUAAUUUUUUACAAUUAUUGAAUUUGCAAUCAUCACAGCUCGAAGAAAUGGAAGCUCAAAUGAAUCAUAUUCAACAAACUGUGAUGAUUCAUAAAGAAAAAGUCGCCAGGAGAGAAAUAGGUGUUUUGACCGCAAGCAAAACCAUAAUCAAACAACACCAAAUAUCAGCCCCACAAGAACCAGAAAAGCCUAUUAAAUACGUUAGAAUGCCGAUAGACUUUAAUGCACUCGAUGAGAUUGGCCAUGGGUACAAGUCAAAUACGUCAAGGGUGACCAAGUCACGAACUUCUUCCCAAUCGAGCAUGGUCAUGAGCGGUGUCGGGCCAGCUCCAACGACGAAGCCACCCACCCCACCUUCAGCAAUAAGGUCGACUGGGUCGCUUAGCAAAGGUUCUAGAGAGUACAGAACACCUCCUGCAGUGGCUCCACCUCAGGCGAAUGCUGGUUCUAAGGCAAGCCAUCGUAUAUCAAAAGUGCCGAGUCAUUAUGCUCCAAACUACCCGAUGGGCCAUGCUAGGAGACAGGGAGGAGGUUAUAGUACUCUUCCACUUGCAAGUAAUCCCGCUCAUCACUCACAGCCUAACACUCCUCCACCUCCUCCUUCAAGCAACAACAUCAACUCGUACACUUUAGAUCAUCAUACUUCCAUGCCUCCUCCACCGUCUCCACUUACAUUGGCCCAUGGAGGAAUGGAACCUAUCGAUCCGAGGGGUGGUGUUAUGACACUUCCUCAUAUGGCUAGAUCUUCACCUCCUCUUCCGCCGCCACCGGCUCCAAUUGACCAACCACCUCCACCAAUGUUCACUCCCAUGCCAAUUGUCACAGAUGAAUUGGACCUUCCUGGUUGGGUUCCCAAAAAUUACAUUGAAAAAGUUGUGGCUAUCUAUGAUUACUAUGCAGACAAAGAUGAUGAGCUGAGUUUCCAAGAGUCUGCUAUUAUUUACGUUUUGAAAAAGAACGACGACGGCUGGUGGGAAGGCGUCAUGGAUGGCAUCACAGGCCUCUUUCCUGGAAAUUAUGUUGAGCCUUGUGCAUAAUUGUGCAUAAAAUAACAUACAAACACAAGCCGCUCCUUGAAUCUUUGAGACUUUUCAAUUUUGGCAAUUUUAUUCUUAUCCUAUUGUGUCGAUUCAGUCGUCUAUCCAAUGAUUUAUAAAUGUUUUGCAGCCAGAACAUGUUUUUUUAUGCGAAUACUAUAUUGUUUAAUUAUUUAAAGAUGGUGUUAAAAUGAGGUUUAUUUAUUUAUUUAGACAGGUUUUGUUUAAUUGGUAUAAGCAAAAGAAGAACAAAAAACAUCUUGUCACAUAAUGGUUAUAUUUAAUGUUCAUGUAAGAAUUAAAACAUAUGUAAUUUACACUGUUUACACAGUCUUUAUACAAGUGUAUGAAAUUAGCAAUUUUCUACUAAUUACUUAAUUAUAAUAAGAAAAAUAUUAUAUUGCAGCCAUAGAUUAUUAUUUUUUAUUUAUA